AGAAAAUAUUACAGUAGGUUCUCAGUAAGUCGGACGCACCGGAGCCGAAGUCGCUCAGGUUCCGAAGCCCUUGGUGUCACAGGCUCCGCGACAUGUCGAUGCUGGCUGAGCGUCGGCGGAAGCAGAAGUGGGCUGUGGAUCCGAGAAACACUGCAUGGAGUAAUGACUCCAAGUUUGGCCAGAGAAUGCUAGAGAAGAUGGGAUGGUCUAAAGGAAAGGGUUUAGGGGCUCAGAAGCAAGGAGCCACAGAUCAUAUCAAAGUUCAAGUUAAAAACAACCACCUGGGACUUGGAGCUACGAUCAAUAAUGAAGACAACUGGAUUGCUCAUCAAGAUGAUUUUAACCAGCUUUUUCUGGCUGCACUGAACACUUGCCAUGGGCAGGAAACAGCAGACUCCUCAGACAACAGAAAGAAAUCUUUCAGCCUUGAAGAGAAGUCCAAAAUCUCCAAAAACCUUGUUCAUUAUAUGAAAUUCACAAAAGGGAAGGAUCUCUCAUCUCGGAGCAAAACAGAUCUUGACUGCAUUUUUGGAAAAAGGCAGAAGAAGACUCCUGAGGAGACGUCCAGCCCCGCCACUCCAGAGGGGACUGACACCUCCACCACGACCACCAGUGCCUUCACCAUCCACGAGUACUUUGCCAAGCGCAUGGCAGAGCAAAAGAACAAGCUGCAGGACACCGCUGAGGGGCCAGGUGUUUCAGAGACUCCCCUGCGGAGCAAAAGGGGAAAGAAGAGAAAGAAAGAGGCGAAAGACGAAAGUGUGGAAAACGGCAUCCAGCCCAAGGCCAAGAAGAAGAGAGCCCGAGCUGAGUGGCAGCUUGGAGACCCUGGCAGGGACGAGAAUUCUGGUGUCUCCGCUGAGGACGGAGAGGAUAGCAGGGAGGUACUCAGUGACCAGGACUUUCCCCUGAAGCCCAGAAGAAGGAAAGAAAAGAAAAAGCUACCAAAGUCAGUUGAGGCAGCAGUGGCCGGUAUGCUAGAUGAAACGCCAGUGAAAAAGAAGAAGAAAAAGAAAGAUUCUGAGUAAAUCUCUGAGCCAGGGCCUCCGGACCCCUCUGCCACCGGGGCUGCCACGCCAGCUCCUCGGGCUCAGUCAGCAGGGCUCCCAGGCACACAAUCCCCGACAUGCCCGGCCCCUGCCGUGUCUCGCCCUCACCACAUUGUCCCACAUCCCAUUC